CUUUCUUAUUCAAAUGUUUUUACAUAGAUUAAAAAAAAGAUUAAUAGAAGUAGGUGAAUAGAAAUUUUUAGAGAAAUUAGAAGCAGAAUAUAAAGAGAAAUAAUAAAGUAAAAGAAAAUUAAAGGAUAAAAAAAUAAAAACUCUUGAUCAAUAAUUCACAAGAGUUGCUUUCAAAUUAGCUUAUGUGGGAAUAAAUUAUCAUGGUUUGGAAUCAUAAAUAAAUUAAUAAGAUACUAUUGAAAGUCAUCUAUUUAAGGCAUUAUAAAGAGUUAGGAUGAUUGAUAAUCGAGAUGAUUGCAAUUACACAAGAGCAGGUAGGACUGAUAAAGGUGUUAGUGCAAUAGGAAAUGUAAUUGCUUUAAAUGUUAGAAAAAUAGGAAAAUCUGAUAAGCUUUAUGGAUAAAUUUUGAAUAGAGUCUUACCAGAAGAUAUUCAGAUUUUAGAUGAAUGUAUUGUAGAUGAAAAAUUUAAUGCUCGUUAUGAUUGUACAAAAAGAAUAUAUAAAUAUUACUUUUACAAAAUGGAUUAUAACAUUGAAUAAAUGUCAGAGGCUAUGUAAUUAUUUUUAGGAGAACAUGACUUUAGAAAUUUUUGUAAAUUAGAUGUUAUAGCAAAUUAAAAUUUUGUAAGAACAAUCAUGAAUAUUACAAUGGAAGAAGUAUUUCCAGAUAAUGCUCCUAGAAAUAGCUCAUUAUUUAAAGAUGAUGAUAGAUUACGUUUAUAUUGUGUAACUAUAGAAGGUAAUGCAUUUUUAUGGCAUUAAAUCAGAUACAUGAUGGCUGUGCUCUUUUUAAUAGGUAAAGGAAUUGAAAAGUCUAGUGUGAUAACUGAAUUAUUUACUAAAUUUGAUGGUAAACCAAAUUAUUAAAUGGCCCCUGAUUAUCCUUUAGUGUUAUAUAAUUGUGAAUUCAAAUAAGAAUUAUGGAAACCCAAUUUAGAUACUCAUACAGAAUUUACAUAAGGGAUAUAUGAAAAUUUAAGAGAGACUCUUUCAAAGAAAUAUAUUGAAUAUUUGCAUUAUUAUUCAAUGGGUGCUUAUUUACUUAAGGUUCCUGUACCAUAAUCUAAAAUUUAACCAGAUGAAAAAAAAUCACUCAUAUUUUAGAAAUCAGGAGUUACUGUUGAAGGAGCUGUAUAAAAUUUAAAAGGGAAAAGAAAAGAAAAAUAUGAUAUCAAAAUGCAAAAAGUAAAGGAAUAUUAAGAAAGAUGUUUAUAAAAAAAUAAAUCAGAAGUAAUUGAAAAUUAAUGA